CCUUUACUUUGUUUGUGACAUACUCGUUUGAAACACCUGUUGGAAACUUCGAGCACAUUUUCCUCAAUCCCUAAGCCUUUCCUAGGCGUCCCUUGACGGAGGAAUGGAGGCAACUGAUCCAAGCGUUGAGGAGGCAGCCUUCGUCGCCGACGAUGUUAGCAACAUUAUAAAAGAAUCAAUAGAUGCGGUGCUGCAGAACCAGCAAUACAGCGAAGCCAAGGUCAGCCAGUGGACAUCCAGCUGCUUAGAGCACUGCAUUAAGAGACUAACAGCGCUCAACAAGCCGUUCAAGUAUGUCGUGACCUGCGUUAUCAUGCAAAAGAACGGCGCUGGCUUGCAUACAGCGGCGUCAUGUUGGUGGGACAGCACGACAGAUGGAAGUCGCACCGUGCGAUGGGAGAACAAGAGCCUUUAUUGCAUCUGCACAGUGUUUGGGCUGGCAAUCUGAGAAUGGACAAAGGGGAAGGGGAGUGGCCAGCUGUCUUGCUCUGUUCAAGAUAGACUUUUUGACUUAGCCCAAGCCCAAUUCAGGGGGGCAGCUGGUGCAGGCACCUCUGCCCUGGGGUACAUUGAGCUGCGCGCACCGAUGAGGUGGCCUGCUAUGCUCCACGCACUGAAGCCGCAAUGCCGUAUGCGAUGUGCGCACGGCUGCAGUUCUUUCCCUGCGUGCAGGCGGGCCAAUCCCAAGGGACCGUGCGUGCGUCUGUAGGAUGCGCGGACACAAAUUCAGCACUUCAUGCUGUAUAAGUAACCUUUGCACGUACCAUGUAGUAUAUAAACUGACUUUGCCACCCCUGGUACAAAAUGACGGGCACGGAGUGCAGAACAGGAGUGCACGGAUUACGGGUUGCGGAUGAAGCUCCAGUCUGUUCCAGGGCAUUAUGGCCCUGAGGCCUUAUGUGCCUGUCCGGCACAUACAGGCGUUAACUGAUUGCAUGAGGUGACUCCAAUCUUGCGCGGUGUCGUAUUGCCUUUGUGGCCAGGCAAGGAGGCGUGCGGAAAACGGGAGGGCGAUUACCACAAGAGCAGGAUGGAUGUGGUGGGCCCUUCAAGCUGACUCCUUUUCCUUUCCCCAGCGCGCAGUCCUGUCCACUAGGCGCGGACGCAGGCGGGUUAGGGUCAGCGCGCAGCGCUCACUAGCUGGCUGGGCCAGUUGUUACGUGCGGGUUGGCUUGGCGGGAAUGCGAAACACGGCUAAAGGCUGGAUGCGCGUGUGGCAGGCUCCCGGACUUGAGAGCCGAAGAGCGCGCGAACUGUUGGGGCGCAACGAUGGUGACGCACCGGUGGAUGUAAUUGCAGUAUUGGCAGACUACGCGUGCACAUUCCCAGGCGCAAGGAUUUAGAUGUCAACUCUGUGUGUGGUGGUUACAGUGGGCUCUGUGGUUGCGGUUUUGCUGAAGACAGUCUUUACGAUGUUAAGGUUGCUCGAUGCGUGUCACCAAGCUGCUAGGGACCUCGCAAUAGCAACUAGGAGACGGUUUGCACGUGGCCAUUGCUAUCCUUGUCAUGUGUCGUGUGUGCAGUGGUGUUUUGGGACCCUUAUGGCUUCGUUGUCAUCUAACUCACUAUUAUUGGUCACGUUGCAGAUGUUUUUGCGUUUCAGUGAAACUGCAACGACCCUGCCAGUUGGGGCUGGGAGUUCACGUAACGACCGCAGUCGUCUGAAGAAAUGAGUGACCGUGUUUGGUGUUGAAGGCUGGGACAGGAUAUGCCUGGAUUGAUGUGUGUUCAUGCGAGGUGGUUUCAUGUUAAUCUUGUUACUCUCCUAUAUGUAAGAUGUCAGCUCCAAUCUC